CCCUGCCCCAUGUGCUUUGUCAUGAUUCAAAUAGAACUCUGAUAUUAUCUGAAAAUCCACUAGUCUCUAGGUGUUAGUAUGCCCAAAAUGUCUGCUGGAUACUACUUAGAGCUGUGGUGUGGUGGUGAUGUAGAAUAAACUCAAUCCAUCAAGCGGACAGGCUUUCUGGGUAUUAGGAGAGUUUAAAAAAAAGUUUGUGCUACUGUUUGACUUUGCUGUCUUUUCCCCGUCUGGAUUCUGCUGAGUCACACACAUGGAAAAGCCUUUGACUUUGAGCAUUACUCCUCUUGGCUCAGACCACAACAAUAACCUUUUUCUUCACUCCACUGUAUUUGGUGUUAUUUGAUGAGCUCAGAGGAGAAGGAUGGGAACGAUCUGUUUCCCCUCCUUACCCUCGGCUCCCCACAGGCAUCCUGUAAGACUGUGGUACCCACAAGUAGUGACCAUGCCACAUCCCUAAUAUCCUCCUUGUCCUGGUGCUGACCCAGCUCAUCUUCUCCUCCCAGAUUAAAGCAGAUUAAUAAUCCCCCUGCUCUCAUAGUCUGGGUUCUCAGGAACUGGUGCCAGCAGGACACUGGGCCUGUGUUAUAGGGGUUUUGAAAGGCUUUGCAGUGGGAUGCUGGGGCUGUAGCUGUGGGCCAGACCUAAUCACAAAGCAGUUUAUAAACUGCAAAGAAUCAGAAGUUGCUAUUACUUACAUAUUUGCUAACUUGUGUUAUUUGGGUAUGGUUACUAAUCAUUUUUUGUGGUAACAUUCACCUGAAACAACACUAAUUUUUGGGUUUGCUGUGCAGAGAGAUUUGUAAUGACCUUGUAUUUGAUCACUGAAUGGUUGUCUAAUCACCUGAAACCUUUUCUUUUUUAUUUAGUUUUAUGUAGCAGAUAUCUUACAUUCUGAGCAGUGGGUCACUAAGUCUAGUUAGGCUUUAGGAUGUAGAUAGAGGCAUAAAUGGGAAGAGCUGGUUUUGAACACAUUGUAAAGACCCUUUGUUGGUUAUGUAGUGAGAGGAGCUAGUGUUAUACUGGAGGCACUGAGUGCCAGCCACUGCUAAUUUGUAUUUGCUAAAUCAGUGUUCUGCUUUGUUGGAAACAGCCCAAGGUAGAGUUCUGUUUAAAAGAAGACCAAGUCAGUGAGGGAAACUUACUGCUCAAGGCUGAUGAGACAGAAGAAACAGAGAGCAAGGAGAAAGUCAAACUGCGUGAAGGAGGUGGAAAAACUGCAGGAAAAGAGAGAGAGACGUCGACUUCAACAGCAAGAGCUCAGGGAGAAGAGAGCUCAGGAAGUGGAUACCACCAUCCCUAACUAUGAGAUUAUGUACAUGAUCAGAGAUUUCCGAGCCAGCUUAGAUUACCGGCCCUUGACAACAGCAGAUCUGAUUGAAGAGCACAGAAUAUGUGUUUGUGUGAGGAAACGUCCCCUAAACAAGAAAGAGCUGGCCAUGAAAGAUUUGGAUGUUAUUACCAUUCCCAGUAAAGAUGUGGUAAUGGUUCAUGAACCCAAACAGAAAGUAGACCUGACCCGCUACCUGGAGAACCAGACCUUCCGCUUUGACUACGCCUUUGACGAUAGCACUACCAAUGAGAUGGUUUACAGGUUCACUGCCAGACCUCUAGUGGAGACUAUUUUUGAGAGGGGUAUGGCCACCUGCUUUGCCUACGGUCAGACAGGCAGUGGAAAAACACAUACUAUGGGUGGAGAUUUUUCUGGGAAGAACCAAGACUGCUCAAAAGGAAUUUAUGCCCUUGCUGCUCGGGAUGUAUUUCUCAUGUUGAAGAAGCCCAAUUACAAGAAGUUAGAUCUCCAGGUGUAUGCCACUUUCUUUGAAAUCUACAGUGGAAAGGUAUUUGACCUGCUGAAUCGUAAAGCUAAGCUGAGGGUGCUGGAAGACGGGAAGCAGCAAGUGCAAGUUGUUGGGCUUCAAGAAAAGGAGGUCAAGUGCACAGAGGAUGUUUUGAAACUCAUAGAAGUGGGCAACAGUUGCAGAACGUCAGGGCAGACAUCAGCCAACGCCCACUCAUCUCGCAGCCACGCAGUAUUCCAGAUCAUCCUCCGGAGGAAGGGGAAGAUGCACGGCAAGUUCUCCCUUAUCGACCUUGCAGGGAAUGAGAGAGGCGCAGAUACAUCAAGUGCAGACCGACAGACCCGUCUGGAGGGGGCAGAGAUCAACAAAAGCCUGCUGGCCCUGAAGGAGUGCAUCAGGGCUCUCGGCCGUAACAAACCUCAUACUCCAUUCAGAGCCAGCAAGCUGACCCAGGUCCUACGAGACUCCUUCAUUGGAGAAAAUUCACGCACAUGCAUGAUUGCAACAAUCUCUCCUGGUAUGACAUCCUGUGAGAACACACUGAACACGCUACGCUACGCCAACAGAGUGAAGGAGUUUGGGAUUAGUCCGUCGGACAUUCCCUUCUCCCAGGGCGGCCAAGGGAGUCGCCCUGACCACUCGCCCACCAAUACCUUUGAGUAUGAUGACUUUGCUGCUACCUCUCCCAGCAGGGUAAAGGAACUGACAGUGGACCCCAACCAGGUCAUGGAGGGGGGUCGACCCAAUAUCCACGCUGUCAACCAGCUAGAUCUUUUGGAUGAGGAAUGGCUGAGCAUCUCGCCACAGAGAGAUGACCUCAAGCUGCUCUGUGAGCAGAAUGAGGAGGAAGUGUCACCCCAACUUUUCACCUUCCACGAGGCAGUGUCUCAGUUAGUGGAGAUGGAGGAGCAGGUCCUGGAGGACCACCGUGCUGUUUUCCAGGAAUCAAUCCGGUGGCUGGAGGAUGAAAAGGUGCUGUUGGAGAUGACGGAGGAGGUGGAUUAUGAUGUGGAGUCAUAUGCCACUCAGCUAGAGCAGAUCCUCGACCAGAAGAUAGACAUCCUCACCGAGCUCCGAGACAAGGUGAAGUCAUUCCGCUCUGCACUCCAGGAGGAGGAGCAAGCCAGUAAGCAGAUCAACCCCAAGAGGCCACGUGCCCUUUAGAGACUAAGGCUGAAGAGGUUUAAGUGGCACAUAACAAAACAUAACCACUAGAGGUUUGGCACAACUUGGGCUGCUUAAAGCAGCUGUGAAAACGUAAAAAAGACUGUCUGAUGUACCAACAGGCUCAAGGAAUUGCAUUUCUUAUAUCCCAUUCCUAACAAAACUGGCUGUUUACUCACUAUGUUCCUGUCAGAAACAUGGGAAGGAUAAAUAGUUGUUUUUCCUUCCUUUUAAGUAGGGUUUUUCAUGAAGAAUGUUUAGUUUCCCUUUUAAUUCUUAAAUUAUUUUCUUUUCUACUUGUUUGUACUUUCUUUGAAAAGAACAUUUUUGACCUGGUUUGUUCAGAGAUCUCCAACAUGUUUUAAUGGUUUCCGGCACAAAACCAGUGUUUAAUUUCUGGUUGCUCUGGCUGACAUGUCUGCAUGUGCACUUGGAUAGUGUAUGUACGCUUCUGUCCUCAGUUUUCAUGCUUUGGGUCUUCAGUUGGCACUGUAUAGUCACCCUGUCGUAUGUUGGCUCAUGGCAGCCAAUCAUUCAUAGUGAUGUUGGUUUAGGAUCCUUUGAUGCCAGCUCUCUCAUUAUACCUGGUCUCCCUUUUCCUUCCUUCUCAGAAGUUUUAGCCGUUUGGAAGAAGCCUUUAGCCACAUCGAGCUGCUUUUUUGUGUUGGUUUCAUUCGUUGUGUCCCCAAGUUUUUACUUGUAGUUUAUUUCAGUUUGUGCCAUGUCGUUCUAGGUGGCAACUGACAUAACUCUUACUUCAUGUAAAUCAUGUUUUCCAACCCUCUUUAACACUUUGUUAUAAAAAAAAAAAAAAAAAACAACUAGAAAAACAGCUAUUAAUAAAUGUAUAGUGAAGAUCACUGACCUACCACUGGUUAUGUUGCUCAGUGUUUGCACCGGAUGUAAUGCUGGAUGAAGUAAUAAAGAUUCAUGUGUUUCAUUUCUGA